GACACAGCCAGAUCACUGAGAGAUAUCAGGUAUUGAUGUAACUGGAGUGAAUAAGGGAACCUUCUUCCUGAGCACAGACAUUGGAGCCUGUUAUCAGCAUGAACUCAUAUGUGUUAGACAAAAACGUCAAUAGUUCAUAUAUAUCCUUCACUGCAGUCUUAGACACCAAUGACUAUUCACAAACACUGGGGAAAUCACAUCAGAUAUUUAAAGGAGAUGGUGAAUUGGCAGGAACUGGGCAGCAAUCACUAUGUACAGAAAGUAAUUUAGUCAUCAAACAAGAGGACAACAUUUAUGCCUUAUCUAGUGAAAUUAUUAUCCCUGAGGAUAAACAACACACAUUUACUGAGUUUUCAAAACAUAUUAAAGAUGGGAAAAGUCUACAGUCUAGCCAAAUGAUUAAUACAAAGGAGAAACCUUUUCAAUGUACAGAGUGUGAGAAAAGCUUUAGAUGGAAGUCUCGUCUACUAGAACACUACAAAAUUCACACAGGUGAGAAACCACACAGGUGUACUGAGUGCGGAAAAUGUUUUACACAAAUGAAUCGUCUGAAAAUUCAUAAAAGGAGUCACACAGGAGAAAGGUCAUUCACAUGUUCAGAGUGUGAAAAAAGUUUUAUAUACAUGAGUCAUCUGAAAACUCAUGAAAGGAGUCACACAGGAGAAAAGCCAAUCACGUGUGCAGAGUGUGGAAAAAGUUUUACACAAAUAAGUAGUCUGAAAAGUCAUGAAAGGAUUCACACAGGGGAAAAGUCAUUUACAUGUACAGAGUGUGGACAAAGUUUUACAGAUAAGGGUAGUCUGAAAUAUCAUGAAAGGAUUCACACAGGGGAAAAGCCUUUCACAUGUACAGAGUGUGGAACAAGUUUUAUACAAAAGAGUAAUCUGAAAAAUCAUGAAAGGAUUCACACAGGUGAAAAGCCUUUCACAUGUACAGAGUGUGGAAAAAGUUUUAUACAAAAGGGUAAUCUGAAAAAUCAUGAAAAGAUUCACACAGGAGAAAAGUCUUUCACAUGUACUGAGUGUGGAAAAGGUUUUACAGGAAAGAGUAAUCUGAAACAGCAUGAAAAGAUUCAUACAAGAGAAAUGCUUUUUACAUGUAGAGAGUGUGGAAAAUGUUUUACAGAAAUAAUUAGUCUUAAAAGUCAUGAAAGGAUUCACACAGGGGAAAAGUCAUUUACAUGUACAGAGUGUGGACACAGUUUUACAGAAAAGAGUGCUCUGAAAAGUCAUAAAAGGAUUCACACAGGAGUAAAGCCUUUCACAUGUACAGACUGUGGAAAAGGUUUUACACAUAUUAGUAAUCUGAAAAAGCAUGAAAGGAUUCACACAGGAGAAAAGCUUUUUACAUGUACAGAGUGUGGAAAAAGUUUCAUACAAAAGAGUCAUCUGAAAAAGCAUGAAAAGAUUCACACAGGAGAAAAACCUUUCACAUGUACAGAGUGUGGAAAAAGUUUUACAGAAAUUAGUUAUCUGAAAAAACAUGAAAGUAUUCACACAGGAGAAAAGCCUUUCACAUGUACAGAGUGUGGAAAAUGUUUUACAGAAAUUAGUUAUCUGAAAAAACAUGAAAGGAUUCACACAGGAGAAAAGCCUUUCACAUGUACAGAGUGUGGAAAAUGUUUUAAACAAAUGAGAAGUCUUAAAACUCAUGAAAGGAGUCACACAGGGGUAAAGCCUUUCACAUGUUCAGAGUGUGGAAAAAGUUUUACAGAAAAGAGUGCUCUGAAAAGUCAUGAAAGGAAUCACACAGGAGUAAAGCCUUUCACAUGUACAGAGUGCGGAAAAAGUUUUAUACGAAAGAGUAAUCUGAAAACUCAUGAAAGGAUUCACAAGGGAAGAAACCUUUCAUAUGUUUAGAAAGUGGAGAAAAAGUUUUUUUUAUUGAUGUCAGGUAUCACAGGACAGCAAAUAUUUACACACAAAUAAACUUUAUAUACACAGUGUACAAAUCUUUUUACAAUGAUCCUAAAGAGGACAAACUCUCUAAAUAGAAGCAUCAAAAGAGAUGUUAUUGUAAAUAAUACUUUCUAAAUACCAGUUAUAAAAGCCCCUGAUUGGAAGUGCUCUCCUGCUGUCCUUUGUUCCUCUAUAUAUGUGCACCUAAGUUUCUCUCAUAUAAAUGUGAUAGAAUCCAAACUCCACACAGGAAUAUACAAAUCUGUCCUCAUACUGACCAGUUUACACAACCAUUAACCCCAAAGCACCCCCAGUGUUGUUUAUUAAUAUGCCAGUGUUAGGAGUUGUACGUUUGAAGAGGGGAGAAAAUAAUUACAUUUACAGAAUAAAGGAGUCUUUCUCCAACAUUGG